UGCCCAGCGAUCCCCAGGUCGCACUCGGUCUUCUCCAAGUUCUCGGAGUGGUGCGAGGACGAGGCCCGCCAGCUGGGUUUCCAGAUCAAGACGUCCCAGGGCGAGAUUGCGGACCUGAAGGCGACCAUCGAGAAGGAAGCCUCCAACAUCGCGGCGUACGAGACCAAGAUCGAGGAACUUGCUGCAGAGCUUGCGUUAGACGAGGCCGACCUGAAGGCCGCUACCGAGAUCCGCGCGAAGGAGCAGUCCGACUUCGCCGCCGAGGAGAAGGAGCUGGUGGAGGUGGUCGACACGCUCAAGAGGGCGACCGCCAUCUUGACGAGGGAGAUGGCCAAGAUCGGCUCGGCCUCGAUGCUCCAGCUGCAGAGCGCCAGGUCCCUGGAGCAGGCACUCUCCGUGAUGGUGCAGGCCUCCCUGAUUAGCUCCACCGACGCCAGCAAGCUGUCCUCGCUGAUGCAGACCAUGCAGCAGUCAAGCGAUGACGACAGCGACGCUGGCGCUCCAGACGCCGCAGUGUACCAGGGCCACGCCGACGGCAUGGGCCGCGAGGCCGACGGCGGCAUCAUCGCGGUCCUCGAGGACCUCACCGCCAAGGCCGAGGCCCAGCUCGACGGGCUGCGCAAGGCGGAGACGUCGUCCCUUCAGAACUUCCAGGUGCUGGCCCAGAACCUCCAGGACGAGAUCAAGAACGGCAACGCGGACCUUUCCGAGGCCAAGAAGGGCAUGGCCGCCAGCGGCAGCUCGAAGGCGGAGGCCGAGGGCGACCUCGGCGCCCACCUCGAAGGACCUCGCCAGCGACGAGGAGACCAAGGCGACCCUGCAUUCGAACUGCAUGGAGAAGGCGGAGACCUUCGAGGCGGAGCAGAAGAGCCGCGGCGAGGAGCUGAAGGCGCUGGCGGAGGCCAAGAAGGUCCUCACGGAGACGACCACUGGGGCGGACGCGCAGAGCUAUUCCUUCCUGCAGACGGAGCCUGACCUCCGGCGCGGACCUCGCGCGCUACGAGGCCGUGCGCUUCGUGCAGGACGACCUCUCGCAGCGGCAGAACUCCACCGCCCUGGCGCAGCUUGCCAUGCGCAUGGCGUCCGUCGUUCGCGUCAGCAGCGCCAACGGUGACGACCCUUUCGCCAAGAUCCAGGGGGGUCUCAUCUCCGACAUGAUCGGCAAGCUGGAGGACGAGGAGCCGCGGCGGACGCCGACCACAAGGCGUACUGCGACAAGGAGCUGUCUGAGAACGAGGAGAAGGAGGCCGACAAGAUCGCGGAGAUCGAGAAGCUCACUUCGAAGAUCGACCAGUGGAGUGCGCGGUCGGCGCAGCUGAAGAGCGAGGUGGCGGCGCUGCAGGAGGGCCUCGCGGAGCUCGCCUCGAGCCAGGCCACCAUGGACAAAAUUCGCGCUGAGGAGAAGGCGCUGUACACGAAGAACAGGGCCGAGAUGGAGCAGGGGCUCGAGGGCGUCAAGCUCGCCCUGAAGAUCCUCAGCGAGUAUUACUCGAAGGA